CCUUGGCUGCGAGAAGACGUGUGUUUAGUUCGUACCGCGACGAUCUCUUUAUCGCGGCUACGCGAGAGACUCCUUUUUCUCUUUCUCUCCCUCUCUCGCUUGUGUGUGCGCGCGCGCGUGUUUCGUGUUGUGUGUGCGUGCUUGAUCUGUACGAGAAGUGGCAGUGUUUCUGGCUUGCACGUAGGACCCGGACAGUGAGGAAUCAUUCGUCAUUUGCAAACUGCCGAAUAAAUUCGGCUUCAUAGCCGGAUUCGCUGUGGUCAUCGAGAACUUGACUGAAUCUUUCAGUGUUCUCUCAUUUCUUUCUCUGUUUCGCGCUACUGUGUUUCUUACGGACAAGCACCGCCCCCUUUCCACCUCCGUCCCUCUGAUCGUAACGUUAUGAGGCCAGCUGAGCGUAACUGACGGAGAAGAGGGAGAACGGCUUGCGUGCGUGUGUCAAACAUAACCUAACAUUGUACCGUGAUGUAGUAAGAGUAAACCGAAAAAACGUGGUACAUUUAAUUUCAACACUCCUGCAUUUGUGACAUUCACGCAUUCGAGUGUUCUUCUCGUCUAGAAAUCAUAUUCAGUAUUAAAGAAUUCGAGGGAAUCUCGAAAGUAUUUGCAUUCUUCAGAAUAGAAACGGCCGACACGUAACGCCCUGUUUACCACCAACUUUGCUAAAGAAACAUACACGAAGAUAUCGAUUCUGCUCCUUUUCUGAAGGUUACUCAUCGCAUGUUAUCGUUUUUGCUGUAGUCGCGAUAAAAGGACGCGACCAGCCGCUGCGUGGUGUCACGAGUUCCCCUUUACCCCUCGUGUCCGGCAAGCUUGAGCCCUUCCUGUCGUUCUUCAAGAGCGCGCGACGUUCGAAACUAAAGUACGCCAUUUAAAGGAGAACGCAACUGAUCGUUUUUUUCCACGAGUCGUUGAUUUUUCUAUCGUGAUCAACGUUUAACUUGAUCGUGACAACAAAAAUUGCGCGAUGGAAUUGAGAGCAAUAUCAAAAUUUAUUGACUUCUAAGAAAACGACAAGCUUUCUUUUGAUAGUGUAUCCAUUUGUCAACCAAUCGUUCCAAUAACAGUGAUUUUGCAAAGAUUUAAUCCGAUUUAAUCCGACAAAAACGUCAUUUCAAUUCAAACGAAUGCUCUCAUCGAUAUCGUAGUGAAACGAGAAAAAGAGGAAAAACAACUUCGACGAGUUGUGUCAGUGUCACGUGUGUGUCUUGCCAAGACAAUAACGAGAUUUAGAAAAAGAAGUGUUUCUUUAGAAAGGUGAAAGAGUGAGCGGGAAAAAUAGAAACGGGCGAAAGGAUCGACGAACAGAGGCGUGUCCCUGGUUCCCUGAAGCAGCAGGGGCCUUGGCGGUGGCGGUGGCGGUGAAUCGGGAAAGGGUUGAGGAGGGUGGCCCGUAGGGAGAGAGGAGAGUUUUGAUGGCAGUAGUUGGGCCCAGCCGACACUCGCGAGUGUCCAUGAGCGUGUCUAUGUCGCUAAUGCAGGGGGGUGGGGCGGGGGCGACAGGCGGUGGCGGGACAACGGGGGCCCACCCGGGACAAGCGGUCCUCGCGGCGGCGGCCCAGGCACCCCCCACCUACUACCACCCUACCGCUCCUGCGCCCCCGCCACCGCCGCCAGCCCAGGAUCUCGUUCAGCCCGACAGACCCAUCGGAUAUGGUGCCUUCGGCGUCGUCUGGGCAGUGACAGAUCCGAGGGAUGGUAGAAGAGUGGCCUUGAAAAAACUGCCGAAUGUCUUUCAGAGCCUCGUGAGCAGCAAACGAGUCUUCAGGGAGUUGAAGAUGCUCUGCUUCUUCAAACACGAAAACGUUCUCUCGGCCCUGGACAUCCUUCAACCACCUCAUCUGGACUUCUUCCAAGAAAUAUACGUGAUCACGGAGCUGCUUCAGAGCGAUUUGCACAAGAUCAUCGUCAGCCCUCAGCAUCUAAGUCCAGACCACAUUAAGGUCUUCCUGUAUCAGAUCCUCAGAGGCCUCAAGUACCUUCACUCGGCCAGAAUCUUGCACAGGGACAUUAAGCCAGGGAACUUACUCGUGAACAGCAAUUGCGUGCUGAAGAUCUGCGACUUCGGUUUGGCCCGAGUGGAAGAACCGGAUCAGAACAAGCACAUGACCCAGGAAGUGGUGACGCAGUAUUAUCGCGCGCCGGAGAUCCUGAUGGGGGCGCGGCACUACACGGCCGCUGUCGACGUUUGGAGCGUCGGUUGCAUUUUCGGGGAACUCCUUCGCAGGAGGAUCCUUUUCCAGGCGCAGAGCCCUGUGCAACAGCUGGAACUGAUCACAGAAUUGCUGGGCACGCCAACCCUCGAGGACAUGAGGUUCGCGUGCGAGGGUGCGAGAUCCCACAUGCUGAGGCGCGCGCCGAAGCCACCCUCGUUGACGGCUCUCUACACCCUUAGCAGCCAGGCGACGCACGAGGCCGUCCAUUUGCUCUGCCAGAUGCUAGUCUUCGAUCCUGACAAGAGGAUCACGGUGGUGGAUGCACUGGCGCAUCCCUAUCUGGACGAAGGGAGACUGAGAUAUCACUCGUGCAUGUGCACGUGUUGUUACACGACCAGCGGCGGUUUGAGACAGUACACGGGUGAUUUCGAGCCGGCCACGUCGCAUCCGUUCGACGAUCUUUGGGAACGGAAGCUCACCACUGUGCAGCAGGUGAAAGAGGAAAUGCACAAAUUUAUAGCGGAACAGCUGAACACGUCGCGCGUGCCGCUCUGCAUAAAUCCGCAGUCCGCGGCGUUCAAGAGCUUCGCAAGAUUUGUCGAAGAAUUACCUGUAUGGAGUUUCGAUCAAUCGAUCCCACAUCCCGUGCACACAUCAUUAAUUGUACUUUCUCUUUCUCUUCCUAGCAACUUCCUCGAACCUUUCAUCGAUCACAGUGGAAAUCGUUCGAGAGCUCGGUGCAGAGAUCAUAAGGAGAUCGUCGAUCGUAUCCUCGAUUCUGUAUCUAUUGAAAGUGUCCGCCGUGUGAUAAAGGCGGGCUACCUGUAAUAUAUUAUUAUUAUUAUUAUCUCGCAACGAUAGGAGGCAAGAGUUGAUAUUUGUAGGUUAAAACAGAAAAAAGAAAAAAAAAUAGGGGAACGAAGUAGAAAAGGCUGAUCUCCGCCGUGUAAUUUUUGUAUUUUCGGGUAAGCGAGGCCGGCCGAGGAUUUAAUAAUAUAUGGUAAUUGUAAAACAGUACAACUUGCAUCGCGUUUAUUAAUACGAUUAGUAAUAGCGAUUACGAAUAACACUUGUAACAUAAGAGGAAAGCGGAUGGAGAAAUAUGGUUCGUCGGCGAUUUCCUGAUGAACUCUCUGAUUCUCAAAAAGAGAGAUUUAAGAGAGAUAUUUUUGAAAAAAACUUUUCUCGGAAGAUAUUUUGCACGAAAUUUCGAAUACGGGUGGAAGAGAAGAAAUUUUUCACGAUAAGAAUUCUCUGAUUAAAUAGAGAAGGAAUAAAAUUUUAAGGAAUCGACACGAGUCGUUUCUUCGAUCGAGAAUUUCCACGUGAAUCGUUGAUGAUAAAAGUUCGAGGUUGCUUUCUUCGAAAAUAUAUUCUUAGAAAACACGUGAUAAGACUCAAGACCAUCACGAUGGCGAUGUACUCAGAUGUAAAUAGAAACUGUAAGUAAUUUAAACAAAAAAAAAAAAAGAACACAACCAUUAAGUAACAUUACGUGUCUACGAUGCCUAUAUCUGUUUAAUCUACGUAACGAGAUGGAAGCAAUUAAUUAUUGCUGAUCACUAUUAAACUAAUAACUAAACAGCAGUUUAUUCUAUCUGUGUGUGUCGGUUUCGAUUGGACAUAGAUUUUGUAUCACCCUUUUCUCCGUGUAUGAUGUGUAGCCAGAAGGUCGAUUUCGAAGAGAACGGAAUAAUUUUUUCUUUUAAUAUAGCUAAAUUAUAUAAAUUAUAUAAUAAAUAGACUUAUGAAUAUAUGAAUGAAAUAAAAAUUUUAUGUUAUCUAUGAUUAUAACUUACUCACGUUAAUAAAAUAAAUUAUUUUUAUUCAUAUAUCCUUAAAAUGAAAAUAAAAUUUUACGAUACAUAAAAUUUUUUGAAAUUUUCGUAACCGUCGUAAGAUGAUCGAUACUGGACUAUUGGCUGUCGAAACGUGAAAAAUCUAAGAAAUCUAAGAAAUCGACCUUUUAAAUUGUAGAUUCAAUCGUGUCUUUCACAAUUAAGUAGUGUUUGUAAAUCGAUUUGCGAUAGACGAAGUCGCGUUUAUUCGAAACUAGCUCGUAAUUUAAAACGUAAAUUAAAACUGUAAGGAGCCGACCAUAACGGUAUAAUGUCGAUACUGUCACAUCGAUCCUUUACAAGGAUCGAAAAGAGGAAUUCGCGCAGGCUAUUCGAUGUACGCUUUCGAUCUUGAUCGCAGUCGAUAUAUUUCGAUUUAUCGUGCACAUGUCGUAGAUAUGUCUACGCACUGGGUGCUUGGAGACCAGUUUUGAAAAAUUUCAGACACAAAAUUGCAAAAUUCAAAGGAGCAUUUUUUGAAAAAAGGCAUUUAAAACAAUUCUCUUGAUCAAAAUAUCAAAAUAGCCAACCAGAAUGAAACUUUUUAUUCGUUUAAAGUAAAUUCUUACAUUUUUAUUGAGUGUAAAAAAUUUAAUAACGAUUAUUUUUUGGAAUAUACGAGCAAAUUUUGUCUUAAUACAUCGAUUAAUUGAUUAAAAUUUAACGAA